AUGCCCGCUCCACCCUUCGGCACAGCUUCCGCGUACACCGACUCGUUCCCCGCUCCUCCACCCGCUCGGGUGACCAUCGCCGCCGAGACCUGCUUCAAUCUGAGCGUCUUCAAGGAUAUGGUCCGCCAAUACCGCAAGCUCGAUGAUCAGAUCAUCACUAGGCUCAACCGCGCAAAUGCGCAGCUACGAGAUCAGAACAGGAUCGGUGCAAGCGGGUCAAGCAGGUCGUUCACACCUUCAUCGCCAAUAUCAGAUCCGGCGGGACGAGAUGGGAUCGAGGGGAUGUGCACGAGGAUGUGGAGCGAGAUGAUGUCCGGCUGGACACAUCGCCAAACCCUCCUCACUUACUGCCUCACGACCGUACAUCAGUCGCUUGAAGCCAAGAAGGCGGAGAUGUCGGGACAGGACGAGAAGCUCGCAGCGCCAGCAAGGAACGGCGCAGAUGCAGGACGUAGGGUGAGGGGGCUCAAGGAGGAAGAAGUAUUUGCAAAUCAACUAGAUAACGAAGAAAGUAUCGAAGCUAUCAUCCGGAAGCGGUCUCUAGAUGCCUUCAAGUCGCGCUGUCCCUUCUUCACACCAUCACCGACCGACUCGGCAGGCCGAGCAUGGUGGGAUCUCGCAAACAGCGGAAGAAAGGGGCGAGGUCCCGAUAUGCCUUGA